AUGGGACUGGAUGAUUGGAAUAUAGAAAAGUUGGUCGAUGACACCGCUAGACGUAUCGCAGAAGGAAUGGUGGAAGCUAUGGAAAAGGCGUUUCGUGAAAACCCCCGAUUUCGCGAACAAGUCCUACAACUCGAUCGGAUGAUAAUAGCUGAACUAAGAGAGCAAGUCAAGGAUAAUAAUUUAAAGGAGAGGCAUUUCUGGAAUGGUGGGAAUGAGAAAAUGAGAGGACGACUGAACCAUGAAGAGAAGGAGAAGUUCGGGAGAAGAGAAGCUAACGGAGAGAACUUUCAUGGAGUGUGUCCACUAAAAGUUAAUAUUCCAGGCUCGGCCUGGAACAACAGAUCAGCAGCAGGCAAUCGAAGUUGGCGUGAUACUGGAUAUGGAGUUGGGAGAAUGAGACCACGCGGACCUUCGAUGAGGAACAACUACUGGUUGCCGAGUCACGACAAUGACGGAUGGUUUUACAUGUCGGGUCGGAAGCUUCGCUGGAUUUUGGAAGAAAAGUCGAACAGAGCGAACUUUUCAUAUUGUGGGGGAGGCUCGGCCUGGAACAACAGAUCAGCAGCAGGCAGUCGAGGUUGGCGUGAUACUGGAUAUGGAGUCGGGAGAAUGAGACGACGCGGACCUUCGAUGAGAAACAAUUACUGGUUGCCGAGUCACGACAAUGACGGAUGGUUUUACAUGUCGGGUCGGAAGCUUCGCUGGAUUUUGGAAGAAAAGUCGAACAGAGCGAACUUUUCAUAUUGUGGGGGAGGUGUUGUAUAG